AAAAAAGGCCUAAAAAACACAAGCACGAGUUUCCACAGCGUGCACGUUUCUAUAGCAACGCAUAACACACGGACGCGAGCAAGUCAUGGUCCGCAUCAGUGAGGAUCUGAUCCGCCGCAGAGCAGAACACAAUAAUGGGGAGAUCUUCUCCCUGGAGGAGGUUUCCCUCCAUCAGCAGGACAUCGAGAGGAUCGAGCAUAUCGACAAGUGGUGCAGAGACCUCAAAAUCCUCUACUUACAGAACAAUCUCAUCCCUAAGAUAGAAAAUGUGGGCAGACUAAAGAAGCUGGAGUAUCUAAAUCUGGCACUGAACAACAUAGAAGUCAUCGAGAAUUUAGAAGGCUGUGAGAGCUUACAGAAACUAGACUUGACAGUGAAUUUUGUGGGUAAGCUGAGCAGUGUAGAGUCUCUGAAGCAGAACCUUCAUCUCAGAGAGCCUUACCUGGUGGGAAACCCCUGUACUGAAUUUCAUGGAUACAGACAGUAUGUGCUUGCAUGUCUGCCUCAAAUACAGUGGUUGGAUGGGAAAGAAAUUGGGCGAGGUGAGCGUAUUCAGGCCCUGCAGGAACUGGAUGCAGUGAGGAGACGUGUUUUAGAACAGGAGGUGGAUUAUAUAGAGAAAAGAGAGGAACAGAAAAGGAGUGGAUUGAAGGAGACAACAGAAAAGCAGGAGGAUCCUCAAAUAAAUCAAUUGCUCUCUGAGAACCAGAAUGGGUCCCAUCAGAAUCCAGAAUCAAGCUCCAAGGCUCACACAGAUUCUGAAGAUAAAGAGAAGGAAUUUUGGGAAAAGCCAUGCCCAUUCACUCCAGAAUCCAGACUAGAGGCCCAUCGCCAUCUGGAGGACAAGAGGAGGUCCAAAGAGAAAGAGAGAGAGAAGCCUAAAAACAAAACCCUCAGAACUCUGAUCACUGCAGAUGGAAGAGUGAUGAACGUCAACGAGCCCAAGUUUGACUUCAGUCUCACUGAGGAUGAGAACAACUGCAUGCUUUUGGAUUUACAUGUUUACAGGCAUAUGGACACCUCACUGCUGGAUGUGGAUGUUCAGCCAACAUAUGUGAGAGUGACCGUCAAAAGAAAGGUAUUCCAGCUGGUUUUGCCUGCAGAAGUGAAACCCGACAGCAGCACAGCACAGAGAUCCCAAACCACCGGCCACCUGCUCCUCAUCUUGCCUCUGGCACAUGGAGAGAUUAAACUAAAGAAACCCACUGCCAGGCCGGCCAGUGUUACCAGUAACCAGAAUACCAAGAAAGAGACCAGGCCAGUGCCAGGGCGUGAAUUAUUGGAGGUGGAUCCGGGUCUGGCUGGGCGUCUGGCCAACAUUGUUCCCAAAGGAAAGGAGUCUUCCCACAAGCCCUUGCAGCUCUCGCAGCCUCACCAGCGCUGUGGCAUUGAGGAGAGGCCUGUGUCAAAGGACUUUGUGGACCAUCCAGAAGUGCCUCCACUUAUGUGAGCAAGACAGAGAGCGAGAGUAAGAGAGAAAAUAUGCUACGAUAUGACACAGCAAGAGAGAAUAAGUAUUAUCACACUCUCUGCUGAGCUUGUGGAAGUGUGUGUGAUGAAAUAAUGUGAGAUAUAUUUAGUUCUCUUCAUUAGGGCCCGAGCACCGGGGUACGAGGACCCUCUUGGAAUUGCUCAGUUUCUUAUUAUUAGACUAAUAGUUAAGCAGAUGAGUAAAUAUCAGUCUCAUUAAAUCUUGCUGAAUAUUUCACUGCUACACAUCUUUCACUUUCAGUGUGUUCUCUCUCUCUAUCGCACACACAAAUAUUCAUCAAUAGCGACUUACAGUCAAGUCUGUCUGAUAUAAGGAGGCAUGCUCCCAUUAUAAUCAAUGAAGCUGUCCUCAGUGGAAUUAUUUUUUUUUCAGGUAAUUGACACUCUUUCUAUUUUUGAUGUGCUGCACAAAUUAUUUUUCCUUGAAGCUAUUUUAUUUAUGAAUAUCAUAAGUGUAAGAUUUAUUGUUAUGAUUUUUAGUCUACUUUUGAUAGUUCCACAAAAGCCAGCUUGUGAUGUUUCUGGCCUCUUCCCUAUUAUUUUAAAUCAUCAUUUGUUUCUACUACAAGUAGUCAUUAAAAUAAAAUUGUGUAAAAUUACUUUGUUCUUUCUGAAACAGGCCAUACAUAGUCAUCUCAUAUUUCUAUAUUCAUAUUUCUAUAUUCUGUAGUGCUUUAUGCAAUACUGAAUGUUCCAAAGCAGCUUCACACUGAUAUUAAGAAUCAAUGGUUAUUCAAAUAUGAGAUAAAUUCGAAUUAUUCUGUAAAGUAAAUCUUAAAAAAGUUGUAUACAGUUUUAUUUUAUUCCAUUUGAGUCCAAUAGCUGUGUAAAGUUAAUUAAUUGUGAAACAAGUUCAAUUCAGCUAUAAGCAGCUCUAUGGAAGGCAACACUAUCAGUUGAUUGUUAAUAUAGUUUAGUUCAAUAAUAAUUGUCAAUGUUGAUAAAAUCAUUAUGACGAACUUGGAUCAGCUAUAAUGCACCUCAACAUUAGACCACAGUGUGAUCAUGCAGCUCAUUUCAGUUUACAGUGAAUUUCUGCUGGAAAAUAAACUGUCAAGGCUGAUUGUGUUUAAUUAAUAAACAUUCUGAGGUGACCAAGAGCUUCAGUGUCACUGUGAACAAGUGUUGUCACCUGAUGGAGGAUGGCAUAACUACAUCAUUUUGAGAUAAAAAGAAAAAAGUGGUCCUGCACCCGACAAGCAACUACCAUUGAGAAUUUUUCUUCAAUUUUUUCUUCUUAUAUUUAUCAAAUAAUUCAGAAACUUCCUGAAAUUAGCAUAUUUGAAUUAUUUCUUAAGGAUCAUGUGACACUGAAGACUGGAGUAAUGGCUGCUGAAAAUCAGGCUUUGCCAUAAAAAUAAAAAAAUAAAUAGAAAAGUUAUUUUAUAUUGUAAUAAUAUUUUAAAAAUACUGUUGUUUUUUCUUUCUUUUCUAUCAAAUACAUCUCACCUUGGAGACCUCUUUCAAAAACUAAAAUUUAAAAAUUAAGCUAAGAUUCUGGUCACUUGCACAUGGCUAGUGAUUAUUAUCCUGUUACCUGUGUUUAUGUUUAAGUUGUCUAAUAGUCAUGAUUUCUAAUCAUAGGCUUAAAGUCAUAUGUAUUGUUCUGCUGCUUUCCCUGUCUUCCUCUUUUCUUCUUUUUUUUCUUUUUUGUGUUGGAGGAAUGUGUGGAUAUGUGUUGGAGAUGCCUGUGAAGGUAAAUGCUGUUUUGUGUGUGUGUGUGUUCGUGCAGAAGAGGUCAGAUGUGUACAUAGCUGCCAACAGAUGAGCUCAUUUCUCUGCAGUAUCUCUAUUUUCAGGAAAGCAAGAAGAUAUACUCACCCUAUAGUUCACAUUCCUUAUACAGCUCACACACAACAAAGGUCAAUCACAUCACAGUACAAGCACAUUCAUUACAGCUCACACUCAGGGUCAGCAGGUACACCACUUUCCUCAGUGUUUGAGUGUUACUCUUCUGUACUGUGUCUUCAUUAAGUGAAUUAUCGGUGUGUGCAGCUUGGCUGUGCAGGUUUCAUUUUCCUUUUUAUUAAAAAUUAUUGUCAGCAGAUGAGUAAUUUACAUUGCUGCUGACAUUUAAACACCCCUGUGCUUUGCUGGACUAAAUCUUAUGAAAGCCAUUUUAGAGACACUGCAAAGAAUAGAGUAAACCCAUUACACUUGAAGGAACAUAAUGUAGAGAUGAUUUUAAUGAAUUACUUUCAGGUUAACCAGAUUCUAAAAAAUAUACAGUGGGGGCCAAAAGUCAUGGUUUAUAUUUUUCUUUUCUGAUGUAAUACAGCAUUUUUCUUUAUGAAUUAUAUUAUCAGCAUAAUAAAUUGAGUGUAAAGUUGAGUUGAAAAAAUGAACAUGAAUGUCUUGGUUGUGUGUCUCAAGCUGCAUGAACUUCACAAGUUUAUGGAAAACUUGAUGAUAUUCAUGUUGUAACAAUGUUAUGAUUUGAGAUAUGCCGAAGAGCAUCUUGUGUUUCAAUAAAAGCAGGAAUUUCUAACAAGAACAAAAAUGUAUUAUUUAUUGACUUCGAAAUAUAAUAAUACACUACCAUUCAAAAGCCAGAAAAAACAUUUAUAAUGCUACAAAAGCAUGUUUAAUUGAUUUUGAUCGUUUCAAUUGUCCUCAAUUGUAAGUCGCUUUGGAUAAAAGCAAACAUAUUAAGCAGCAAUGUUUUCGGUGUUGAGAAUAAUAAUAAUCAAAUCAGCAUUUUCAAAUUAUUUUUCACUGAAGACUGGAGAAUAAAGCUGAAAAUUCAGCUUUGCCAUUACAGGAAAAAAUAAAUGUUAAAAUAUAUUCAUAAAGAAAAUUUUUGUAUUUCACUAUAUUUAUGUUUGCUAUAUGUAUAUUUUUGUUCAAAUAAAUAACUCCAAACUUUUGAAGGGUAGUGCAUUUCUUAUCAUUUCAUUUCUGUUUUAAUUAUUUUAACUACAUCUGGAAACCCAUAUUUUCAGUGUAUACUUUUGAAUCCUGAGUUUGUCUGACAAUUUCUUUAAUGAAACGUUUGUGAAAAGCAUUCAAAAAUGUUACUGGGUUGAAAUAUGCUGCAAGUGCACUUUUCACAUUAAGAACUGCACACCAAAAAUUAAUUCUGCUCCAGAUGU